AUGAGCUCUCCUCCGGUUUCUGGUGGCCUCGGCGUGGGGAACAAAGGCUUUUCUCUUCGCCGAAAGCCCACAAAUGAAGAAUCCAAGUCUGGACAUCAACGAAACAGAUCGAGCGUGGAUGGCACCAAAUAUAAAGAUGGGACGUGGUCCCCGCAAAACGAAAAGAUCCUGAUAGCGCCCUAUGAGUACAUGCACGAACAUCCUGGCAAGGACAUCCGUCGUCAACUCAUUCAUGCAUUCAACGCCUGGCUUCACGUGCCCCAAGAGAGCUUGGAUAUCAUCACCAAGGUGGUCACGUUGCUGCAUACCUCGUCCUUGUUAAUCGACGAUGUAGAGGACAACUCGGUGCUCCGUCGCGGGAUUCCCGUCGCACACAACAUAUUCGGCACUGCGCAAACGAUCAACUCCGCCAACUACGUCUACUUCCUCGCCCUCCAAGAAGUCCAACAGCUCAACAACCCGGUCGCGAUCGAUAUCUACGUGAAGGAGAUGCUGAAUCUCCACAGAGGCCAGGGGAUGGACCUCUUCUGGCGGGACACCCUCACAUGCCCCACCGAGGACGACUAUCUCGAAAUGGUGGGCAACAAGACCGGGGGGCUCUUCCGACUCGCAGUCAAACUCAUGCAAGCGGAGAGCACCACGGGCAAGGACUGCGUGGCCCUUGUCAAUGUCAUGGGUCUCAUAUUCCAGAUCUGCGACGACUACCUCAAUCUCUCAAACACGGUCUAUACGCAGAACAAGGGACUUUGCGAGGACUUGACCGAAGGCAAAUUCUCUUACCCCAUCAUUCACAGCAUACGCGCCAACCCGUCCAACCACCAGCUGCUCAACAUUCUCAAGCAGAAAACCAAGGACGACGAGGUAAAGAGGUACGCUGUGCAGUACAUGGAGAGUACGGGGAGCUUUGCGCACACAAGGGAUGUCGUGACACGCCUGCGCGACCAGGCGCUUUCGUUGAUUGAUGCCAUCGACGCGGCGCCAGGUACCGAUGGUGCUGGCGCGGGCGACGGUGCAAUGGUACGUGCCAUUGUGGAAAAGAUCGUGCAGACGACCCUUUCCAAUCCCUCGCGCUAG